AUGUCGAUGACACGCAACAGAGAUGGCUCACACGACACCGCAAACCCGGGCUAUAUCCGCAAAUACCUUGGAACAUACGGCCUUACUCCUCCCCGUGUGGAGAGCUACGAGACCCAAAAGGCUAGAUGUCUGAGGCAGUUGGCUCUUAAAUCUACAUCUAUCGACAAGUUUCUCUAUCUCAGCACCAUCCGCAAGAACAACGUUCAUCUUUUCUAUCGUUUGGUUGUAGAUCACCUGAAGGAACUUACGCCUUUGAUAUACACUCCUGUCGUUGGUGAAGCCUGUCAGAGAUGGUCAGAAAUAUACCAGGGACCCGAAGUAGGAAUGUACAUCAGUUAUGAAGAUAGAGGCAACAUUGCAGCUGUCAUUGAAAAUUGGCCACAGCCACAUGUCGAAAUAACUUGUAUCACGGACGGCUCCAGAAUCCUGGGUCUAGGAGACCUUGGCAUAAACGGCAUGGGUAUACCAAUUGGAAAGCUUGCGCUCUACACUGCCUGCGCUGGUAUCAGGCCAGAGACAACCCUGCCCCUGACCCUGGAUCUGGGGACGAGCAAUAAGGCUUUGAGAGAAAACCCGCUGUAUAUGGGUAGUCGUCGCGACAAGGUCACGCCAGAACAGGAAUUGGAAUUUAUGGAUGAGUUGAUGACUGCCCUGACGGAGAAAUGGCCUGGAAUUGUCAUUCAAUUUGAAGACUUCAAGAACCCUUUCCCUGCCCUCGAGCGUUACCGCCACAGAUUCACUUGCUUCAACGAUGAUAUCCAGGGCACCGGAGCUGUCAUUCUUGCCGGUGUCAUAAACGCCGUGAAGCAAUCAGGCAUCCCGACGAGGAAGCACAAGGCCGUCUUCCUGGGAGCUGGAAGCGCCGGUGUAGGCGUCGCGAAGCAGAUAGUCGACUUCUUCAUGUACGAGGGGAUGACGGAAGACGAAGCCAAAGCCUGCUUCUACCUCGUCGACACAAAGGGUCUCGUCACAGCAGAUCGCGGCGACAAACUUGCCCCGCACAAGGUCUACUUCGCCCGCACUGAUAAUCACGGCCUCCAACUAAAGACCCUAAACGAAGUCGUCGAGCACGUCAAACCGACCAUGCUAAUGGGCCUCUCAACGCUAGGCGGCGUCUUCACCCCUCAAAUCCUAAAGAAAAUGUCCACCUACAACAAACGCCCCAUUAUCUUCCCCCUCUCCAACCCCUCCGCGAACUCGGAAUGCGACUUCGAAUCUGCAGUGACGCACACAGACGGCACCGCCCUCUUCGCCUCCGGCUCCCCCUUCCAGCCCUUCUCCUUCAAAAAUUCCGCCGGCCAGACAAAAACCUACUACCCAGGCCAGGGAAACAACAUGUACGUUUUCCCAGGCAUCGGCCUGGGAACCAUCCUCUCCAAAGCAGUAAAGGUAACCGAUUCAAUGAUCUAUGCCUCUGCGCAAGCUCUCGCCAACACUCUUACGCCCGAAGAACUGGACCAUGGCCUGCUGUACCCGGACCUCACGCGGAUCCGUAAAGUUAGUAUCGUUGUUGCUAGGGGUGUGAUACGGGCGGCGCAGGAGGCGAAUGUGGAUCGUGAGACGGGUAUUAGGGAGCUUAGUGAUGAGGAUUUGGAUAGUUGGAUUAAGUCGAAGAUGUACUCCCCCCACUCGGAGGUUGCGUCGCUGGAGAGGGAGGUGGGGCUUUUGUUGUCGUCUAUUGGGAGACCGAGUAAUGGGGAGAGUGUGUUCGACGGAGAUGCGAAUGAUAAAGGGGCUAAGUUGUGA